AUGACCGCUUCUUUUUUUCGCCGAUUGUUUCGCUUCGGCGGUAAAAGACUUCCCCCGCUCCGCAUUGGUCUCUGGGCAGCCGGGGCUUUCUGCACCUGCAAGGUCUUCAAUGAACACGCUUACGAGUUGCAGCUCUCUUCGGGCCCAUCGAUGUAUCCAACGAUACAUUUCAAAGGAGACUACCUGUUGAUUUCGAAAUACUACAAAUAUGGAAGGAGAGUCGAGGUUGGCGAUAUCGUUACUUUUAAACACCCAUCUUAUCUGAUGAUGGCCGCAAAGAGAGUGACAGGAUUGCCAGGGGAUUACGUGGUGAUCGAUCCCGAGGACCAAUCUGGCAGUUUAGCCAAGAUGAUUCAAGUUCCCGAAGGUCAUAUCAUGGUUACCGGUGACAACCUACCUUGGUCAAGGGAUUCUAGAGACUUUGGCCCAUUACCAAUGGGGCUGAUAACGGGAAAAGUCAUUGCAAAAGUCUGGGCACCACUGAAUUAUCAGCGGAUAGAAAACUCUCUUAUGCACAUUGAGCAGAUUCCCGCGGAUGAAGGGUCUUGA